AUGUCUCUUGUUUACAUUGCUGGCCACCUUCCGAUACUUAUUGUGCUGAUCUCCCCUGGCAUUCCUCCAUCACUUCUCUCCUUCUCACCUGGCCCUGUCAACUCUCCCUUUUCCAUGGCUCACGGAGGUUUACACUGUCCAGGCGAGUUGGACGUACUCUACACCGGCAACAGAUCGGAGACCACCAUCUGCUACCCAUCCCCAUCCCCCGCCAAGCGUGUCUCCUCCUAUUACCCCAAGUUUGGCCCUAAGGUGGUGGAAGACUCCAAUCUCGAUCCUUUCUAUCUCGAGUCCUCGCUGGCGGCCACUCCGGAGUGGAAUUCAUACUCAGACAUGCGCAAUGACCAACUCGAGCACGACACUCACUACUAUUCAUUGUCCUUGACCAAGGACCUGCACAAUUCAUUCCAAUACGCCGGCCCAGACCGAUCGACACUCGCUCAGGUAGAGCUUGAAAACAGCCUACGCUUCCACAGAUACACUCCCUCCACAGAGGAACGGAGUCCGCUGCACAGCAGCCACGACUCCUUCAGCUCUGUCCAGACAGACACCACUACCCCCGAUUUGACCCCAAGCAGCUCCUUCUCAUCUCACUCUUCCUCGGGCUGCCCCGACGUGGUCUUGGGCGCCACAGAACAAUUGCACAAGCACGUCCAGGCCACUCAACCAGAGCCUCGACGUCGCUUCUAUCUCCCAGCGUCAACCCCUCCGACAUACUCUCUGCCACCACCACCUCCUCCGCCGCUGGCCCCUGCGAUUGCUGCGGAGAGUCGCCCAACUACGCCCUGCUAUCAGCAUUCCAACGACUCCACCACCACCAUCACCAUGGCCUAUGAAGAUACCACAGGCUCGGUUUCUUCUCGCUCUCGCCGCAGAAAACAGCCACCGACGCUGAACCUCUCUCGUGGUACCAGUGCCCACAGCCACCGCCGCAAGCAGUCUGGCCCUGGAUCUCGACCUGCGCUGGAUCCAUCCAUGAUCUCGCCCCCAUGUCUGAUCAACCCGGUCACAAGAGAGCCUCAUAUGACCCAUUUCGACCAAGCUCUUUUCAUUCCUGCCAACGACUGUCCAAGUCCAGUACCAAGCCCAGUGGCCAGCUCUCCCCCCAUCUCGCGCCAAUGGACCGCCACAUCUAUGGAGCGCCCCUCCACCUCCACCUUCGAUGCCCACUGCGAGCAUUCAGUCUGGGAGUCCGACUCCGAGUCUGAAUCCGUGGGCCGCAAGUCCAUGUCCCGCAAGCCGAUCGACACCUUGCGCAAAGUUCGCAGCCGCGCGAAGCUCCGUGGUGCCAAAUCCCAGCCCAGACUCUACAAUUCCACCUUUGAUGAUCACCCCACGGAGACGUUCCCCUGCAUGCCCGAUGAUACUCUCGGAGAGCCCAUCUCUGAAAUCUACCGCCCCAGUAUGGAUCGCCCCAGCACCAGCCGCCCGAGCAACAGCCGUGACGGUCCCCGUAUUCACAAUGGACUGCAAACCCUGCGCCUCGUUGCUCCCUCCACCACAUCCUUGGCCCGUCCCGGCCGUUCACGAAAGAACAGCAGUGUGAACAGCUCGGACGUUGACCGCUCCGCCGCCGCCGCCUGGCAAGCCCAGUACCGACGCCGCCAACGCUCCGACACCCCCGAAUACCCCAGCUCGUCCUCUGAAAAGAGUGACAAGGAAAAACUGACAUCCAUGUGCUACGAGCAACACCCCCAAGUCCCCUUCCAAGACAACUUCCGGGAGCAACGUCCUUUCUUGCAGCGCUUCAUGGACUCGCUGCGCUCGUUGAACUGCCAGAAGCCUCCCAAGUCCCACAAGAAGACCAAUGUUACCACCAUCUAA